GGUUCCUAUGGCAACUGAUCAAACGCUUCUUGACUUGAGCUCUGCGCCGCUCUGCGCUUGUGUACAGCAGAACUCAGUGGUGCGCGGAUCAGCGGGAAUAUGCGCACUGAACUGCACGCCUGUCCGCGACAGAAGCCUUCACAGCGGAGUAGAUGUACCAGCAACAUCUAAGGCACGAUUUCGCAGAAAGCUGCCAGAAAGAAUUCUGAGGGAGGCAGGUGGAUUUAGGCAGUCGCAGGAAGCUGACCAUCACCACCUCCUCGUGAUGCACAUGAACAGCUUGUUGAACCGAUGGAAUGAGAUCUCCAAGAUGUGUGAGGUGGACGACACUCCAGAACCGGUCAGUCCCACUCUGCUCAAUGAGUCGACAGACACCUACUGGCAGACCGACUGCUGGCACCGACUACGCACCACCGUCCGUAAACUAGAGUUCUGGGAAGACUUCAGCGCAGAACUUAUCGGAACCGGCUUCUUCUCCAAGGUCUACAAGGUGAUACAUGGCACCACGAAGAAGGUGAUGGUAGUGAAGAUCUAUAAGAAUGACGUGGAUCAGAACAGCAUCGUGAGGGAGAUCAGUCUACUUCAGAAACUCUCCCACCCGAACAUAGUGAGGUACCUGGGGAUUUGUGUCAAGGAGAACAAGCUGUAUCCAAUUCUCGAGUAUGUGAGCGGAGGCUGUCUGGAGGAGCUGCUGGCCAGGCAUGACGUCAACCUCUGCUGGAGAGAGAAGAUCGAACUGGGCUGUGAUAUUAGCCGAGGAAUGACCUAUCUCCACUACAAGAACAUUUACCACAGAGAUCUCAACUCUAAGAACUGCCUGAUCCGUGUGACCUCGCGUGGCAGGGAGGCCGUGGUCACUGAUUUCGGGCUGGCCAGAGAAGUGGGGGAUCUGCCCGCAAAAGACCCCGACAGGAAGUUGUCUCUGGUGGGGUCGGCCUUCUGGAUGGCCCCUGAAAUGCUUAGAGGAGAGCCGUACGACCGCAAGGUUGAUGUCUUCUCUUUUGGGAUCAUGUUGUGUGAGAUCUUAGCAAGAAUCCCUGCCGACCCAGAGGUGCUGCCCAGGACACAGGACUAUGGGCUGGAUGUGGAAUCGUUCAGAGAGCUGGUGCAGGGCUGCCCAGAGCGGGUUCUGGAACUCUCUGCCAGCUGUUGUCAGAUGGAUGCAUUCCGAAGACCUUCCUUCUCUGAGCUCCUGGAUGAGCUAGAGGACAUCGCUGAGACCCUAGAGCCACCAGACAACAACCUAACCACAGGGUGACCUCCACAAAUACCUCCUAACAAACCCCUGGACUGAAGGAUUUAAGGGACUGUGCUACAUAAGAGCCUGCAGCAGUGGACCGUGACUGGCACUCUGUUCUCCCAAGAGUAGAAUAUACAGGGGAAUGUCUGGUAAUUGAGGACAAAAUCUCUCAACUGAAUGUUCGCUCAAUAACCAGUUCUGGAUGCCCUCCCUGCAGCGUGUGACACUGAAUGAUUGCGAGAGUCCAUUUGAGAGGCUGAAUUUUACCUUCUCUAUUUUUUAUUUCAUAUAGAUUAAAGUAAUACUCUUUAGGGACCAACUUGUCAGCUGAAUUUUUUAAAAGACCAAAUUCUCUACGAGCCAUUCCUGAUUUAUAUGGGUUUCAGGAAAAUGUUUACUUUUUUUUUUUUUUUUUUUUUUCAAUAAACAGCAGAGGUUGCACAAACCUGGAACAAACCAGACCAGAGAAAUUAAGUUGUCCUAUAUUUAAUUUUACCUAUAUUUUAUUCUGUCACUACAUUUACCAAAUAAUUGCACACUUGCUUAUUUGACGUGUACUGUUAAUGUCACCUAUUUAUGCCUUGUUGUACUUGCCAUGUCACCCAUUUUUUUCCCACUGUUAACAUCCAUGUCUGAUUGAUGGAGCUCUACAAUAUUUGAAUUUAUUGAAAGGAUAGCCCCUUAAGAUGUAACAUCUCAUUUUCAAGGGGGUCCUAUAAACACAAAAACUAAAUAUUACAACAUAAACAAAACAUACAUACGAAACAUGAACACACAAAUAUACAAAAACAAAAGACAUGCUCAACCAGUCCCCUGCAAAAAUAUGGUUGUAGAAUCUGCAUAGAGAUACAUUUUUUUUAUAACAGAGUUUAUGCACAAAUACAUUGUUCAGCUUUUAUGACUAAAUUAAUUGAACUAUCACACACACAAAAAAUAACAGUACAGAGCUGUUUGUUAAUGUACUACAGUAAGGGCUGUGGAAUCACUGUUUUCUCAGGUCACACUGGGGUUUUAUGUGAAUAUUCUCAUAUUAGUUGGGUCUUGUACUUU